AUGGCGGGAAUUAUUGGCGGUAUGGAACCAUUUGAGGAAUCCGGUGAACAAUGGGCAACGUAUAUUGAGCGUUUUGAGAAUUAUAUCCUGGCUAAUGAGAUCAGGGAUGCUAAGAAGGUGCCGUUUCUAUUGAGUGUGAUAGGGCCAAAGACCUACGGAUUAUUGCGCAGUCUGAUUGCUCCAGAUAAGCCUGGGGAGAAGACGUAUGAUGACAUUGUAAAGGUGUUGAAAGGUCAUUUCGCCCCCAAACCGAUAGUGAUAGCAGAGGAAUCAGGAGGACGGCGGUGUGGAAAGACAAAUCAUAGUGAUGAUGACUGUUGGUAUAAAGAUAGAGACUGCCAUCAAUGCGGCAGGAAAGGCCACAUUGGUCGCAUGUGUAAAAGUAAACCCAAGAAUGACUAUGGCAGAGAGAGGAAAUACAGAGAAGGGAAACCGGAGUUUAAAGGCAAAAGCAACGCAUCCAAACACAGCGGGAGAGAUAAGAAGAAGAAGAAAUUCUGCCCACCACGGAAUGUGCCCUAUGCUCUGAGAUCCAAAGUAGAGGCUGAACUGACCCGCCUCACUGACCUUGGCGUGAUCUCACCAGUAGAGCAUAGUGACUGGGCCACACCCGUAGUUCCUGUCAACAAGAAGGAUGGCACGGUGAGACUUUGUGGUGAUUUCAAAGUCACCCUCAACCAAGCACUCUGUGUGGACAAGUAUCCUAUUCCACGCAUUGAGGAUCUCUUUGCAUCGCUAGCUGGAGGUCAACGCUUCAGUAAACUGGACUUGUCAAACGCAUACCUAAAGAUGGAAGUAGUGGAGGAGUCGAGGAAGCUACUGACUAUUUCCACACAAAAAGGACUUUUCUGCUACAACCGCUUGCCCUUCGGUAUUGCGUCGGCACCAGCGUUGUUCCAGAAGGCUAUGGAUCAAGUGCUCGUUGGAUUGCCAUUCACGCACUGUUAUCUCGAUGAUAUUCUGGUUAGUGGGCCAGAUGAAGAGACCCACCUGAAAGCCCUGGACGACGUUCUCACGAGACUGGAGGAGUAUGGUCUCCAUGUCAAAAAGGAUAAGUGCAUGUUUUUCCAGGAGUCAGUAGAGUAUCUAGGUCAUAUCAUCGAUGCUGCCGGGCUCCACAAGUCGCCAGAGAAGGAACGCGCUGUUGUGGAGGCACCGGCACCCACCAACGUUAGCCAACUACGCUCGCUCCUCGGAAUGAUAAACUACUAUGGACGUUUCAUCCCGGACCUGGCAACCAUCCUGCAACCACUGAACGCACUGCUGCACAAAGGGAAGAAAUGGCAGUGGACUACAGCUUGUGAGGCAGCGUUCUGAAAAGUGAAAGAGCUCAUGGUAUCUCAGAAGGUGCUAACCAACUACAACCCUGAGCUGCCCCUCCGUCUAGCCUGUGACGCUUCACCCUAUGGGGUAGGGGCUGUACUCUCUCACGUCAUGCUUGAUGGUGUAGAGAAACCUAUCGCUUAUGUGUCAAGAACACUCAGGAAAGCAGAGCAGAACUAUGCCCAGAUUGAGCGAGAGGCGCUGGGGAUAGUCUUUGGCAUACGUAAGUUUCACCAGUAUCUCUAUGGUAACAAGUUCACUCUACUCACAGACCAUCACCCGCUGACCUCCAUUCUCAGUCCAGUGAGGAGUACGCCGUCGAUGGCCGCAGCCCGCAUGCAGCGCUGGGCGCUCCUCUUGUCAGCGCAUGAUUACACUAUAGAGUAUCUUAAGGCUUCAGCACAUACUAAUGCAGAUGGACUGUCAAGGUUGCCACUUCCGGACACUCACGAUGACAAGAUAGACACCAAUGACCUCACAAUCCAACAGGGAUGCCUCAUGUGGGGCACACGAGUGGUAGUGCCACCCAAGCUACGGCCCCGGGUGCUCAACGAGCUACAUACAGCACACCCAGUUGUAGUGAGGAUGAAAAGCUUGGCACGGUCGUAUGUCUGGUGGCCAGGUAUUGACUCUCAGAUCGAGCUCCAGGCCAAAUCCUGCCACUCAUGCCAGCGUAGUCAGAGAGAACCGAGUCUUGCCCCUCUACAUCCAUGGAUGUGGCCUUCCAGUCCUUGGGAAAGGAUUCACGUGGACUUUGCUGGUCUAUUUGAAGGACACAUGUAUCUUGUGGUAGUAGAUGCUCAUUCUAAAUGGCCCGAGGUGCAAAUCAUGGAUAACACCACAGCAAGCAAGACCAUCACAGUACUGAGGGGCCUUUUCAGUCGCCACGGCCUUCCUCACAUUCUCGUAAGCGACAAUGGACCCCAGUUCCGUUCUGAGGAAUUCGCCACAUUCCUGAAAGCCAAUGGAGUCAAGCACAUUCGCUCAGUGCCGUAUCACCCUGCUACGAACGGCCUGGCCGAGCGCUUUGUACAGACUUUCAAACACGCCCUCAAAUCCUCCAGGGGCGCCGCACCAGUGCAACAGCGGCUCGACACAUUCCUGUUGACGUAUCGCAACAACCCGCACGCCACGACAAAGGAGCCGCCGGCUAUGCUGUUCACAAGGCGCAUGCUACGCACGCGACUGGACUUUCUCAAACCCAGUGUGGCUGGGGUUGUUCAUCGCUCUCAAGACUCACAGCAGCAAUGCCAUCAACAACACUCCAAGGCCAGACACUUUGCAGUCGACCAGGAUGUCAUCUAUUACAUUGACUACACCCUCUAG